AUGGCGGCGUCCGGGAGGCAAGUAGGGCAAUUUAUCUAUAAAAACAACAGAAUUUUGUAUACUAACCUGCAAUGGGCGUCAUUUCAAAGGAAUUUCUUCGGCGUCUCAGCUUUACGCCAACAAGCUGUAGAAGCCAACAAAGCAGAGUCGUCGGAGCCAAUAAGCAUCCCCAGAAAGAAACUAUGGAGCAAGGAGUCAGUAUUGGAGGCCUUGGCUACAACUGUGCGCCGGGAUCCUACAGCAUAUCCCUACCAAUUCCAAGAUGAUCCUUACCUCUCUCCAAGGACCUCUCCUCAGUUUAAAAUUUACUCCCUCUCUCAAGAGUCAGGAAGAUCUGCAGCAAAAUAUUUUGUCAACACUUAUCCAAAGUUCUUCACCAAAGAUUUUUCUGAACCACAUAUACCCUGCCUAAUGCCGGAUACAGUUUCGCUGCGUCUUGAAGAAAUGAGUGAAGAGGCACUGAAGGAAAGGAUCAGCUUGAGGAAAGUCAAACUUGCUGUCGACAUGUAUGAUCAACUUUUGCAAGCUGGGGUAUCAGUGUCUAUGGAGACCACUCACGGCCUAUUAGACUUAAUCUGUUUGUAUUGUGACCGAGACCCUAUCGAGGAGAAUGCGAUACAGACAGAGGAUAUGGAGGAAUCAGUAGCGGAGGUGAGGAAGAGAAACAGGAAGGUUCGUCGAACCUCAGACUUGCCAAAACUCACUUGGAGAGAAAAUAACAACGCAGAAAGAAUAUUUAACCUGCUGCCAGAGAGAGAUACUCAAUGUUAUUCUGCUCUCAUAAGAGGCAUGGUUAAGCAUGGAGCCUAUGCCAAGGCCUUCAGUGUGUACACAGACCUGCUUAACAACAGACUGACAGCUGACAUCCACAUUUUCAACGCAUUGAUCACAGCUGCUCCAGAAGUCAAAGACAAAUACGUUGAGAAAUUGGACCUCAUCACUGAAAUUUUAAACCAGAUGAGUCAACAAAAAAUCCAGCCCAAUCUACAGACCUUUAACAGUGUUCUUAAAGCCUUCAGACGACAUAGUUCCUUGGCCAGAUCGUCAGCGUUCCAGACUCUAAGUGAGAUGACAGCUUUGAGGAUAGCGCCCAGUCUGGCUACCUUUGACCAUAUCCUGCGUAUAUUUUACAAACCUGCAUCAUAUGGCCAUGGUGACACUGACAUUUUACAGGAAGUAAUGUCAGAGCUGGCAGGGAAAAGCUUCACCUGCCAGGAUCCGGAUGACGUGCUGUUCUUCUCUAGGGCCAUGGGAGUUUGUCUGGAAUUUAAAGAUCUGGAACUUGGAUAUAAAGUCCACAGUCUUGUCGAGAUAGGAGAAAACUGGAGGCUUCUAGGUGAUUCCUACCAAAUGAGCAUUUACUAUGGUCGCUUUUUCAGCCUUUUAUGUAAAAUGGAGCACAUCGAUGUGGUGCUGAAGUGGUAUAAAGAGCUCAUUCCCUCGUUAUAUUACCCAAAUCCUCAGGGACUGAGAGAUCUCCUGCAGGCUCUGGACACAGACAGUCGCUUGGACAUUCUACCUACUAUAUGGAAAGAUAUACAGUCUCUGGGUCAUGAUAAUAAAACUGAACUGAUAGAAGAGCUACUCUCCUUGAUGGCCAGAGAGAAACACAGUCCUGAGGUCCAAGAGUCUUUUGGUACAUGUGCUUUGGAAAUAAAAAGUGCAUUUGAUAAGAACAGAAGUAACAUCAGUCUGGAAUGGAGCCCUGCCACGCUCUCGCAUGUUACUUCCCUUCUGCUACGAGCCAACAAGAUCCAAGAGGCUUGGAAAAUGUUGCAGCUUUUCAAAGAAAAAAACAGAGUUCCUUCUGGUGACCUGUUGGAAGACUUCCUGUCCUUGUGCCGAAGCGAGGGCUCUGCUCAAAAAGCGGUGGACCUUGUUCAGCUGUCGGCAGCUUUCUGUCUUCAGGCAACACCGAGGCUGGCUAAACUGACACUUGCUGAAUUUCAGUUAAGCGAGGAGCAAAGAACCAUUUUGUCUGAACUGGAGACUGUUCCAGAGCCUGAAGAUUGA